AUGUCGAUUUCGCCAUUACGGAUGGUAGACGUACCUGUUGCAACAGCAUCCUCUAAUGGGAGGGAAGGCGAUAAGACUCGCAGGAUCUCAAAGCCGAGUGAGAUCUUUGAGGAUGUAUCUCGAAUUCGGCUGAGCUCAGAGCUCAGGAGCUCAAUCGUCCAAAUGCAUUCCGGUCGGCUAGCUGCCCUUCCCUGGACACCGGGUGACGUGUCUGAGAAUGCAACCGAAGCCCUCCAGGCAUUGGACACUUACAAGAAGAAAGAUUCAUCCAAAGUCGUGGUUCGCUUCAAGGCAGUCGGUAACGCACCGAUCAUGAGGCAGGACUUCUAUGUGCCUCCAACCAUUUCCAGGCAGUCAUACAGUUUUUGA